UCUGUCACCAGGGCAUCCUGGCUCCUGCAAACCCUGCAGACAGCGCCAGAGCCCCGGUUCCAAGGCCAGGGAGUCAGCGCGUACCCGGAGCUGCACGCAGCCGGGGGAGGCAUUCGCUCCCGUCACCUCCCCGCUCGGAACCUCAGCAAGGCCGGAUCAAGGCUCUUGAGUCUACCUAAGCGGGCUGCCUUAGGACAGAAGGCGAAUCUGUGGUUCACCGUGGUAGAACGCUGUCUCCUCAAUGAUCACCAUGAGUUCUGGGGAUCUGUCUGAUACUCAGUGGGCAUAGACAAGACUUCACGUGUUAUCCAAAGCAGCAUCGUAUUACCCUGCACCGAGGAACACCUUGGUGUUGGUUCCAUGCUACCAGAAGGACCAUGGCAACCUCCAGGGCCUCUUCAAGGUCCCAUCGGGACAUCACCAACGUGAUGCAGAGGCUACAAGAUGAACAAGAGAUCGUACAGAAACGCACCUUCACAAAAUGGAUCAAUUCCCACCUGGCUAAGCGGAAGCCCCCCAUGGUAGUAGAUGACCUUUUUGAAGACAUGAAGGAUGGUGUCAAGCUCCUCGCUCUACUGGAGGUCCUGUCUGGGCAGAAACUGCCUUGUGAACAAGGGCGCCGGGUGAAGCGCAUUCAUGCUGUGGCGAACAUUGGCACCGCACUCAAGUUCCUUGAAGGAAGGAAGAUUAAAUUAGUCAACAUUAAUGCUACUGAUAUCGCUGAUGGCCGACCGUCAAUUGUUCUUGGGCUGAUGUGGACCAUUAUCCUGUAUUUCCAGAUCGAAGAGCUGACCAGCAACCUUCCCCAGCUGCAGUCUCUCUCCAGCAGCGCUUCCUCUGUGGACAGCAUGGUCAGCGCAGAGACCGCGAGCCCCCCAAGCAAACGCAAGGUGACCACCAAGAUCCCCGGAAAUGCCAAGAAGACUCUGUUGAAGUGGGUCCAGCACACAGCAGGCAAGCAGAUGGGAAUAGAGGUGAAAGACUUCGGGAGAAGCUGGAGAACCGGGUUGGCCUUUCAUUCAGUCAUCCAUGCCAUCCGGCCGGAGCUGGUGGAUUUGGAGAAGGUGAAAAGCAGAUCUAACAGAGAAAACCUGGAGGACGCCUUCACCAUCGCUGAAACACAGCUGGGCAUCCCUAGACUCCUUGAUCCCGAAGAUGUUGAUGUGGACAAGCCAGAUGAGAAGUCUAUAAUGACCUAUGUGGCCCAGUUUCUAACACAGUACCCUGAUAUCCAUGGUGCAGGCUGUGAUGGGCAAGAGAAUGAUAGAGAUGACAGACUAAUUUUGAAGGAGACAAAAGUUUGGAUAGAACAAUUUGAGAGAGAUUUGACAAGGGCGCAGAUGACAGAAUCAGAUCUGCAGGACAGAUACCAGUCAUUUAAGCACUUCAGAGUCCAGUAUGAAAUAAAAAGGAAACAGGUGGAACAUUUAAUACAGCCGCUGCACAGAGAUGGCAAGUUAUCGCUUGACCAAGCUUUGGUAAAACAAGGCUGGGAGAGAGUGUCCUCCAGGCUCUUUGAUUGGCAUGUACAGCUGGAUAAAUCUCUUCCUGCACCUCUGGGCACCAUAGGUGCUUGGCUGUACAGGGCAGAGGUGGCCCUGAGAGAAGAGAUCACCAUUCAGCAGGCCCACGAGGAAACAGCAAACACCAUACAGCGGAAACGUGAGCAACACAAGGAUCUGCUUCAAAAUACAGAUGCCCACAAAAGAGCAUUCCAUGAAAUCUACCGGACCAGGUCUGUCAAUGGGAUCCCGAUGCCUCCUGAUCAGCUAGAGGACAUGGCUGAGAGGUUUCAUUUUGUGUCCUCUACAUCCGAGCUGCACUUGAUGAAAAUGGAGUUUCUGGAGCUGAAGUACCGUCUGCUGUCCCUGCUGGUCCUCGCUGAGUCAAAGCUGAAGUCUUGGAUCAUCAAGUACGGGAGGCGAGAGUCCGUGGAGCUGCUGCUGCAGAGCUAUAUUUCUUUUAUAGAAAACAGCAAAUUCUUUGAGCAAUAUGAAGUGACGUACCAGAUACUGAAACAGACAGCCGAGAUGUACGUCAAAGCAGAUGGCUCAGUGGAAGAAGCUGAGAAUGUGAUGAAAUUCAUGAGUGAAACCACUGCCCAGUGGAGGAAUCUCUCUGUGGAAGUGAGGAGUGUGAGGAGCAUGCUGGAGGAGGUGAUCUCCAACUGGGAUCGCUAUGGUGAUACUGUGGCUAGCCUUCAAGCCUGGCUGGAAGAUGCCGAGAAAAUGCUAAGUCAAUCAGAAAACGCCAAGAAGGAUUUUUUUCGAAAUUUGCCUCACUGGAUUCAGCAGCACACAGCCAUGAAUGAUGCUGGGAACUUCCUGAUUGAGACUUGUGAUGAGAUAGUUUCCCGGGACCUUAAACAGCAAUUGCUCUUGCUGAACGGGCGAUGGAGAGAGCUGUUUAUGGAAGUCAAACAAUAUGCAAGAGCUGAUGAGAUGGACAGAAUGAAGAAAGAAUACACAGACGUCACCACCAUCCUGUCUGGUUUUGCGGCUGAAGCCCACAGGAAACUCUCUGAGCCCUUGGAAGUCUCUUUUAUUAAUGUCAAGUUAUUAAUCCAAGACUUGGAGGAUAUCGAGAAGAGGGUGCCUGUGAUUGACGCUCAGUACAAGAUGAUUGCCAAGACAGCACAUCUCAUUGCCAAAGAGAGUCCCCAGGAAGAAGCCAAUGAAAUGCUUACAAACAUGUCCAGGCUCAAAGAACAGCUAUUCAAGGUCAAAGAAUGUUACUCCCCACUGUUGCAUGAGGCCCAGAAGUUGUUGGUUCCUUUGGAAGAACUGGAGACACAGAUCACAUCCUUCUAUGAUUCACUUGGGAAAAUCAACGAGCUUAUAGCAGUUCUCGAACACGAAGCACAGUCUAGCACUCUUUUCAAACAAAAACACCAGGAACUAUUAACUUGUCAAGAAAGCUGUAAGAAAACCUUGACCCUCAUCGAGAAGGGCAGUCAGGGUGUUCAGAAGCUCAUGACCUUGAGCCAGGUGUUAAAGCAUUGGGACCACACAAAGCUGCAGAGACAGAUAGCAGAUGUCCAUCACGCAUUCCAGAAUAUGAUCAAGAAAGCUGGAGACUGGAAGAAGCAUGUGGAAGCCAACAGUCGUUUGAUGAAGAAAUUUGAGGAGUCUCGGGCAGAGUUGGAGAAAGUGCUGCGGGUUGCUCAGGAGGGCUUAGAAGAAAAGGGAGACCCUGAGGAACUCCUCCGGAAGCACACGGAAUUCUUCAGCCAGCUGGACCAGAGGGUCCUCAAUGCUUUCCUAAAAGCCUGUGAUGAGCUCACCGACAUCCUCCCAGAACAGGAGCAGCAGGGGCUGCAGGAGGCCGUCAGGAAGCUGCACAAACAGUGGAAGGAUCUCCACGGAGAAGCACCUUAUCAUUUGCUCCACCUAAAAAUCGCUGUGGAGAAAAACAGAUUCUCAGCUGCUGUGGAAGAGUGCAAGGCUGAGCUGGAGAGAGAGACCAAGCUGGCUCCCCAAGAAGGGAGCGAGAAGAUCAUCAAGGAACACAGGGUUUUCUUCAGUGACAAGGGCCCUCACCAUGUCUGUGAGAAGAGGCUACAGAUCAUAGAGGAACUAUGUGUGAAGCUCCCAGGCCGGGACCCAGUAAGGGACACAUCUGGAGCCUGUCACAGGGCUCUCAAAGAGCUCAGAGCUUCCAUUGACAACACUUACAAGAUGCUUGUGGAUGACCCAGACAAGUGGAUGGACUACGCCAGCAGGUUCUCUGAAAUCUCAUCUUGGGUGUGUGCAAAAGAUGCAUGGUUGAAGAAAAUCAAGGAUGAGCCCCUCGACAGUGCCAACCAUGACGAGGUUAAGCAUGCAGUGGACGAGAUCAGAAAUGACAUUACCAAAAAAGGAGAGCUUCUCAGCUGGCUGAAAUCCAGGCUUAAACAUUUGAUUGAUGUGUCCUCUGAGAAUGAAGCCCAAAAGCAAGGAGAUGAGCUGGCAGAAUUAUCAAUCUCUUUCAAGGCUCUUUUGGCUUUACUGUCAGAGGUUGAAAAGAUGCUAAGCAACUUUGGAGAAUGCGUUCAGUACAAAGAAAUAGUGAAAAGUUCCCUUGAGGGGUUAAUGUCAGGCUCCCAAGACAGCCAGGAAGAGGCUGAGAAGAUCCUAGACACAGAAAAUCUGUUUGAAGCACAACAGUUGCUCCUUCAUCACCAGCAAAAGACAAAGAUGAUCUCAGCCAAGAAGAGAGACCUCCAGCAGCAGAUGGAGCAGGCACAACGGGGCGGGCAGGCAGGCCCGGGCCAAGAGGAGCUGCGGAAGCUGGAGAGCACCCUGACGGGACUGGAGCAGACCAGGGAGAGGCAGGAACGACGCAUCCAGGUCAGCUUGAGGAAGUGGGAACGGUUUGAGACAAACAAGGAGACGGUGGUCAGGUACCUUUUCCAGACAGGGUCCAGCCAUGAACGCUUCCUGAGCUUCAGCAGUUUGGAAAGCCUGUCUUCAGAGCUGGAGCAGACAAAGGAGUUUUCUAAGCGGACAGAAAGUAUUGCUAACCAGGCUGAGAACCUAGUCAAGGAAGCCUCUGAGAUGCCACUGGGGCCCAGGAAUAAGCACCUGCUCCAGCAGCAGGCCAGGUCGAUCAAGGAGCAGGUGAAGAAGCUGGAAGCCACGCUCGAAGAAGAUAUUAAAACCAUGGAAAUGGUGAAAACCAAGUGGGAUCAUUUUGGCAGUAAUUUUGAGACCCUGUCCAUCUGGAUAACUGAGAAAGAGAACGAACUCAAUGCCUUGGAAACAUCAGCGUCUGCCAUGGACGUGCAGAUCAGCCAAAUUAAGGCCGCAAUUCAAGAAAUAGAAAAUAAAAGUGACAGCAUUGUAGGGCUAGAAGAAGAAGCCCAGUCCUUUGCCCAGUUCAUCACCACCGGAGAGUCUGCGCGCAUCAAAGCCAAGCUGACACAAAUAAGGAGGUACUGGGAGGAGAUCCAAGAGCACGCGCGGGGCCUGGAAGGGACAGUCCUGGGGCGCGUGUCACAGCAGCGAAAGUUUGAAGAGAAUCUGAGAGAGAUCCGGCAAUCUGUGUCUGAAUUUGCAGAGAGGCUGGCUGAUCCAAUUAAAAUAUGCUGCUCAGCUGCAGAGACAUACAAAGUUCUCCAAGAGCAUAUGGAUCUCUGUCAAGGUCUGGAGUCCCUGAAGAGCACGGUCACCACUUUUGCAGCCGGCGCCCAGAAAAUGGUGAACGGAGAGUCCUGCACCCAGGAGGCCACAGCCCUCCAGCAGCAGUAUGAGGAGAUUCUACACAAAGCCAAAGAGAGACUGAAGGCGCUGGAGGACCUGCUGGCUCACUGGCAGAGGUUAGAGAAGGGACUGUCACCCUUUCUGACCUGGUUAGAGCGAUGUGAAGCCGUAGCCAGUUCUCCAGAAAAGAACAUUUCUGCAGACAGAGUCAAAGUAGAAAGUGAACUGCAGUUAAUACAGGCUCUGCAAAAUGAAGUUGUACAGACCUCAUUGUACAGCAAUGUCCUGCAGCUGAAGGAAGCUCUGUUCUCAGCAGCCUCCAAAGAUGAUGUGGCAACGAUGAAGCUGCAGCUGGGACAACUGGACAAGCGCUGGAGAGACUUACCACAGACACUCAGCAAAAGGAUGCGCUUUCUCCAGGCCGUGCUGGCUGAGCACAAGCAGUUUGAUGAGCUGCUGUUUGCCUUCUCUGUCUGGAUUAAGCAGUUUCUCGGUGAAUUGCAAAUGACCUCAGAGAUAAAUUUAAGGGACCACCAAGUGGCGCUUACUCGGCACAAGGACCACGCUGCAGAAGCAGAGAAGAAGAGGGGGGAAGUACAGAGCCUGCAAGGUCACUUAGCUAAGCUGCGGUCUCUUGGCAGAGCCGAGGACGUUCAACCACUCCAGAGCAAGGCUGAUGACUGCUUCCGGCUCUUUGAGGAGGCCAGCCAGGUGGUGGAGAGGCGGAAGCUGGCUCUGAUGAAGCUAGCAGAUUUCCUACAGAGCCACUCCUCUGUGUCCACUCUUCUGCAGCAGCUCAGGCAAACAGUGGAAGCCGCCAAAAGCAUGAAUAAGCAGCAGUCUGACUCCCUGAAAAAAGGCCUUAAUGAUGCUAUUCAAGAUGUUAAGGCAUUAGAAUCCUGUGCCAUCAUUCUUGAUGGCACCCUGACCAAAGCCCAGUUUCACUUGAGAAGUGGGAGCCCUGAGCAGAGGACCUCGUGCCGAGCCACCACCGACCAGCUCUCUUUAGAAGUGGAGAGGAUCCAGAACCUUCUGGGAACCAAGCAGAGUGAGGCAGAUGCCCUGGCAGUAUUGAGAAAAGCGUUCCAGGGGCAGAAAGAAGAGCUGCUGAGAAGCAUUGAAGACAUCGAGGAGAGGGCUGACAAGGAGCGCUUGAAAGAACCCACCCGCGAGGCUCUGCAGCACAGGUUGAGAGUGUUCAACCAGCUAGAGGAUGAGUUAAACGCCCAUGAGCAUGAGCUCUGUUGGCUGAAAGACAAAGCAAAACAAAUUGCCCAGAAGGGUGUGGCUUUUGCACCUGAAGUGGAUAAGGAGAUACAGCGCUUAGAAGCUUCCUGGGAUGAUACUAAAAGACUAAUUCAUGAGAACCAGGGUCAGUGCUGUGGACUUAUUGGCUUAGUAAGAGAAUAUCAGAACUUGAAGUCAGCUGUGUGUAAAGUUCUGGAAAAUGCUAGCAAUGUUAUUGCAAUGAGAGCUACCAUCAAGGACCUGGAGGACCUUAAGUGGGCUUUUUCCAAGCAUGAAACUAUCAAGAACGAAAUGAAUUCCAAACAGAAAGAACUGAAUGAUUUUACCAGCAAAGGCAAACACUUGUUAUCUGAGCUGAAAAAAAUCCACAGUGGGGAUUUCAGCUUGGUCAAGACAGACAUGGAAAGCACCUUGGACAAGUGGCUGGAUGCCUCAGAGAGAAUUGAAGAAAACAUGGACAGGUUGAGGGCAAGCCUGUCCAUCUGGGAUGACGUCCUUUCAGGUAAAGAUGAGAUUGAAGGGUGGUCCAGCAGCUGUCUCCCUCAGCUGGCUGAAACCGUCAGCGACCUGAACAACAGCAUCAGAGCUGAGGAAUCCCUGAGAGAAUUUGAGUCUGAAGUUAAGAACAAAGCCUUGAAAUUGGAAGAACUGCGUUCCAAAAUCAGUGAUCUCAAAGAACUAACGAAAAAUCCAGAAACACCGACAGACCUUCAGUUUAUAGAAGCAGACUUACGGCAGACACUGGAGCAUGCCAAAGAACUCACCGAGGAGGCAAAGGGAACCCUGAAGGAUUUCACUACUCAAAGUACCCAAGUGGAACGAUUCGUCAAGGACAUAACAACGUGGCUGAUCAGUGUGGAGGAAUCAUUGGCCAGAUGUGCCCAAACCAAGACGUGUGAGGGGCUGAAGAAAGUCAAGGACAUACAAAAAGAACUUCAAAGUCAACAAAACAAUAUCAGCUCCACCCAAGAAAAUCUCAACAGUCUGUGCCGGAAGUACCACUCCGUGGAGUUGGAGAGCCUGGGCCGGGCAAUGACUGGGCUAAUAAAAAAACAUGAAGCCACAAGCCAGCUGUGCACGCAAACCCAGGCCAGCUUGCAGGACUCUCUGGAAAAACACUUCAGUGAUUCUAUGCAAGAAUUCCAAGAAUGGUUUUUAGGAGCAAAAGCAGCAGCCAGAGAAUCUUCUGAGCUAACUGGGGACAGCCAAGUUCUAGAAGCUAGGCUCCACAGUCUUCAGGGCGUCCUGGAUUCAGUCAGUGAUGGGCAGAGCAAGCUGGACGCAGUGACUCAGGAAGGGCAAACUUUGUACGCACAUCUGCCCAAGCAGAUUGUUAGCAGCGUCCAGGAGCAAAUCACAAAAGCCAAUGAAGAGUUCCAAGCGUUCCUGAAACAAUGCCUUAAAGACAAGCAGGCUCUCCAGGACUGCGCACUGGAGCUGGGGAGCUUUGAGGACCAGCACAGAAAACUGAGCUUAUGGAUCCAUGAGAUGGAGGAAAGGCUAAACACGGAAAACUUAGGGGAGAGCAAACAGCACGUGCUGGAGAAGAAACAUGAAAUCCACAAAGUUGAGCUGUUCCUGGGAGAACUCCUGGCGGCCAGAGAGUCUCUUGACAAGCUCUCCCAGAGAGGGCAGCUUCUCAGCGAAGAAGGCCAUAGUGCGGGGAAGGGAGGCCGCCGGAGCACCCAGCUCCUUACCAGCUACCAGAACCUUCUUAGAACAACCAAGGAGAGACUGCGCAGCUGUCAGCUGGCCCUGCAGGAGCACGAGGCGCUGGAGGAAGCCACGCGGAGCAUGUGGGCCCGGGUGAAGGAUGUGCAGGACAGGUUGGCUUGUGCGGAGAGCACCCUCGGGAACAAAGAGACACUGGAGGGACGAUUGUCACAGAUCCAGGACAUUCUCCUUAUGAAAGGUGAAGGAGAAGUGAAGCUGAAUCUGGCCAUCGGCAAGGGGGACCAGGCCUUAAGAAGCAGCAACCAGGAGGGUCAACAGGCGAUUCAGGCUCAGCUGGAGACGCUUAAAACGACAUGGGCUGAUGUCAUGGGUUCUGCGGUCCAUGCACAGAGCACGCUGGAGUCUGUGAUUGACCAAUGGAAUGACUAUCUCGAGAAGAAAGGCCAGUUGGAGCAGUGGAUGGAAAUUGCUGAUGAGAAAGUAGAGCAUCCUGUACAGCUGCAGCCCGGCCUGAAGGAGAAGUUUUCCCUGCUGGACCACUUUCAGUCCGUCGUCUCUGAGGCAGAGGAUCACACAGGAGCUCUGCAGCAGCUAGCCGCCAAGUCCAGGUUGCUAUACAAAAAGACCCAGGAUGAGUCUUUCACAGAAGCCAGCCAGGAGGAACUGAGAACACAGUUCCAGGACAUAGUGACUGUGGCCAAGGAGAAAAUGAGGAAAGCAGAGGAGGUUGUGAAAGACCACCUCAUGUACUUAGAUGCCGUCCAGGAAUUCACAGAUUGGCUCCACUCAGCAAAGGAAGAGCUUCACCGGUGGUCAGAUACAUCUGGAGACUCAUCGGCUACCCAAAAAAAGCUAUUGAAAAUUAAGGAGCUGAUAGAUUCCAGAGAGAUCGGCGCAGGCCGCCUAAGCAGAGUGGAGUUGCUGGCCCCAGCGGUGAAACAGAACACAGCUGCCAGUGGCUGUGAGCUUCUGAACUCGGAGAUGCAGGCCCUGCGCGCCGACUGGAGGCAGUGGGAGGACAGCCUGUUCCAAGCCCAGAGCAGCCUGGAGAACCUGGCCAGUGAAAUGGCCCUCUCAGAGCAGGAGUUCUCUGGCCAGGUGGCCCAGCUCGAGCAGACCCUGGAAGAGUUCAGCACUCUUCUGAAAGCCCGCGCCCAGCAGCUCAGCCUCCUGGAAGGCAAGAACACUGACGAGGAGAUCGUGGAGCGCUGGCAUACGGGACAAGAGGUCCUGGAUUCUCUACAAAAGGCCGAGCCUAUGAUGGAGGCGCUCAAGUCUCAGCUGAAUGAACUCUGCCGGUUUUCCAGGGACCUGAGCCCAUACAGUGGGAAAGUCUCCGGGUUAAUUAAAGAAUACAACUGUCUCUGUUUGCAAGCUUCCAAGGGCUGCCAGAAUCAAGAGCAGAUUUUGCAGGAGAGAUUCCGGAAGGCCUUCAGGGCCUUCCGGGAGUGGCUGGUUAACGCAAAAAUCUCCACUGCCAAGUGUUUCGAUCUUCCUCAGAACCUCAGUGAAGUUUCUUCGAGUCUUCAGAAGAUCCAGGAGUUUCUGUCAGAAAGUGAAAAUGGACAGCAUAAGCUAAACACGAUGCUGUCCAAAGGGGAGCUGCUGAGCUCUCUGCUAACCAAAGAGAAAGCAAAAGAUGUCCAGGCCAAAAUCGUAACCGCAAAAGAAGACUGGAAAAAUUUCCAUGCAAAUCUCCACCAGAAGGAAUCUGCCUUGGAGAAUCUAAAGAUCCAGAUGAAAGACUUUGAGGUGAGCGCAGAGCCUGUGCAGAACUGGCUGAGUAAAACAGAGAGGCUGGUCCAGGAGAGCAGCAAUCGACUCUAUGACCUGCCCGCGAAGAGGAGAGAACAGCAGAAACUGCAGUCUGUCCUUGAGGAGCUCCAGUGCUACGAGCCUCAGCUCCACAGGUUGAAGGAGAGAGCUCGGCAGCUGUGGGAAGGGCAAGCUGCCAGCAAGAGCUUUGUGCACAGAGUGUCGCAGCUGUCUUCUCGGUAUCUAGCGCUAAGCAAUGUGACCAAGGAGAAGGUGUCCAGGCUGGACAGAAUUGUCACUGAGCACAAUCAGUUCUCCCUGGGCGUGAAAGAGCUGCAGGAUUGGAUGACAGAUGCCGUCCACAUGCUGGAUUCGUACUGCCUCCCCACAUCUGACAAGAGUGUGCUGGAUAGCAGGAUGCUCAAGCUGGAGGCUCUGUUGUCAGUGAAACAGGAAAAAGAGAUUCAGAUGAAAAUAAUCAUGACCCGCGGGGACUAUGUUCUGCAGAGCACCUCCCCAGAAGGCAGCCCUGCUGUACAGCAGCAGCUGCAGGCCGUGAAGGACAUGUGGGAGUCCCUCUUGUCUGCGGCCAUUCGAUGUAAAAGUCAGCUGGAAGGAGCUCUCUCAAAGUGGACAAGUUACCAGGAUGACGUGCGGCAGUUCUCCAGCUGGAUGGAUGGUGUGGAAGGCAGCCUGGAUGACGUGGAAAGACAGCACGCAGAGCUUCGGGAGAAAGUGACCACCCUGGGAAAAGCUAAGCUGUUAAAUGAAGAAGUGCUAAGUCAUAGCAGCCUGCUGGAGACCAUUGAAGUCAAGCGGGCAGGCAUGACAGAGCAUUAUGUCACCCAGUUAGAACUGCAGGAUCUGCAGGAGCGACACCAAGCCAUCAAAGAGAGGGCCAAGGAAGUGGUAACAAAAUUAGAAAAGCUGGUUCGCCUUCACCAAGAGUACCAAAGAGACCUAAAGGCAUUUGAAAAUUGGCUGGGGCAGGAACAAGAGAAACUUGACCGGUGCGCAGCUCUUGAGGGUGGCUCGCACACCCACGAGACAGCGUUGCGAGACCUUCAGGAGCUUCAAGUGCGCUGUGCUGAGGGUCAGGCCCUGCUGAACUCGGUACUUCACACCAGGGAGGACGUGAUCCCAUCAGGCCUCCCCCAGGUGGAAGACAGGGUGCUGGAGUCUCUUCGUCAGGACUGGCAGGUUUACCAGCACAGACUGGCUGAGACCCGGACGCAGUUCAACAGCACCGUGAGCAAACUGAGGCUGAUGGAGCAGAAGUUCCAGCAGGUGGAUGAAUGGCUCAAAAGAAUGGAGGAGAAAAUAAGUUUCAGGAGCGAACGCCAGAGCAGCAGGUCCACCAAGGAGUCUCAGUUGCUUCAGAUGAAGAAGUGGCACGAAGACCUGUCGGCACACAGAGACGAGGUUGAGGAGGUGGGAACUAGGGCCCAGGAGAUCCUGGAAGAGAGCCGUGUGAGCAGCAGGAUGGGCUGCCAGGCCACCCAGCUGACCGCCCAGUACCAGGCCCUGCUGCUCCAAGUGCUGGAGCAAAUAAACUUCUUAGAAGAGGAAAUACAGUGUCUGGAGGAGACAGAGUCAUCCCUCAGUUCCUAUUCGGACUGGUAUGGCUCCACUCAGAAAAAUUUCAAGAAUGUGGCUACCAAAAUCGAUAAAGUCGAUGAAGCAAUGAUGGGGGAAAAGUUGAAGACAUUGGAGGUUUUACUAAAAGACAUGGAGAAGGGCCACAGUUUGCUGAAAUCAGCUCGAGAGAAAGGGGAGAGGGCUGUGAAGUUCCUAGAGGAGAGGGAGGCCGAGGCCCUAAGGAAGGAGAUCCAAGGCCACAUGGAGCAGCUGAAGGGCUUGACCGGCACCGUCAGGAGAGAGCACGUGAGCCUGGAGAAGGGCCUUCACUUAGCCAAAGAGUUCUCAGACAAAUGCAAAGCACUGACCCGAUGGAUGGCAGAAUACCAGGAAAUCCUGCAUGCGCCUGAAGAACCCAAAAUGGAACUGUAUGAGAAGAAAGCACAGCUCUCCAAAUACAAGUCACUACAACAAAUGGUGCUGUCCCAGGAGCUGUCUGUGAACUCGGUGCGAGAGAAAGGCGAGGCUCUUCUGGAACUGGUACAGGAUCAGACAUUAAAGGACAAGAUACAGACACUUGAGACUGACUUCCAGGAACUCUGCAGCCUAGGAAAGGAACGUGUCUUCAGUCUGGAAGCCAAAGUCAGAGACCACGAAGACUACAACACUGAACUCCAAGAGGUAGAAAAGUGGUUGCUGCAGAUGUCUGGCCGGCUGGUGGCCCCCGACCUUUUGGAGACAAGCAGCCUGGAGACCAUCACCCAGCAGCUUGCCCAUCACAAGGCAAUGAUGGAGGAAAUAGCAGGUUUUGAAGACCGCCUGGACAACCUUAAAACCAAGGGCGACACUUUGAUUGGCCAGUGCCCGGACCACCUACAAGCGAAGCAGAAGCAGAGCGUGCAAGCCCACCUACAAGGCACGAAGGACAGUUACUCAGCGCUCUGCAGCACGGCCCAGAGGGUAUACCGAAGUUUGGAGUAUGAACUUCAGAAGCACGUCAGCAGGCAAGACACCCUGCAGCAGUGCCAGGCCUGGAUUGCUGCCGUCCAGCCAGACCUGAAGCCCAGCCCACAGCCACCUCUCAGCAGGGCGGAAGCCGUUAAGCAGGUCAAACAUUUCAGAGCUUUGCAAGAGCAAGCAAGGACUUACUUGGAUCUCCUUUGUUCCAUGUGUGAUUUGUCAAACUCCUCAGUGAAAAAUACAGCAAAAGACAUUCAGCAAACAGAGCAGCUGAUUGAGCAAAGACUGGUCCAAGCACAGAACCUAACUCAGGGCUGGGAAGAGAUCAAGCACCUGAAAACCGAGCUCUGGAUUUACCUGCAGGAUGCUGACCAACAGCUGCAGAACAUGAAGAGGAGGCCCUCAGAGCUGGAGCUCAGUAUUGCUCAGAGCAUGGCCUCCCAAGUAAAGGAUUUCAUUAAGCAGCUGCAGGGCAAAGAGGCCUCUGUGAGCACCAUCGUGGAAAAGGUGAACACGUUAACAAAGAACCAGGAGUCUCCUGAGCACAAGGAACUCGGCCACCUGAAGGAGCAGUGGCAGGAUCUGUGCCUCCAGUCUGACCAGCUUUGCGCACAGAGAGAGCAGGACGUGCAGAGAACCAGCAGCUACCACAGCCACGUGAACGUUGUCGAAGGCUUCCUUGAAAAAUUUACGACAGAAUGGGAUAACCUGGCCAGAUCCAACGCAGAAAGCACAGCGGUCCACUUGGAGGCCUUGAAGAAGUUAGCCUUGGUGUUGCAAGAGAAGAAGUACACCAUUGACGACUUGAAAGACCACAAACAGAAGCUGAUCGAGCACCUGAGCCUAGACGACAGAGAGCUGGUGAGAGAACAGACCAGUCACUUUGAGCAACGGUGGUUUCAGCUCGAGGACCUGGUCAAAAGGAAAAUCCAGGUGUCGGUCACCAACCUGGAGGAAUUAGGUGUAGUGCAAUCCAAAUUCCAGGAGCUGAUGGAGUGGGCAGAGGAGCAACAGCCCAACGUUGCGGAAGCCUUGAAGCAGAGCCCCCCUCCUGACAUGGCUCAGAGCCUCCUCACGGACCACUUGGCCAUCUGCAGUGAGCUGGAGGCCAAACAGAUGCUCCUGAAGUCAGUGAUGAAGGAUGCAGAUCGCGUGAUGGCUGACCUUGGCCUCAGCGAACGGAAGGUGAUCCAGAAGGCACUGUCAGAUGCCCAGAAGCAUGUGAAUUGCCUCAGUGACUUAGUGGGCCAGCGAAGAAGGUACUUGAACAAAGCUUUGUCUGAGAAAACCCAGUUUCUCACAGCAGUCUUCCAGGCCACCAGCCAAAUCCAGCAACAUGAACGAAAGAUCGUGUUCCGGGAAUAUAUCUGCCUCCUUCCAGAUGAUGUGAGCAAGCAGGUCAAAACAUGUAAGACUGCGCAGGCCAGCCUCAAGACUUACCAAAAUGAGGUCACUGGACUUUGGGCACAGGGCCGCGAACUGAUGAAGGGAAUAACAGAGCAGGAAAAAGCUGAAGUGCUGGGGAGGCUUCAGGAGUUGCAGAGUGUCUAUGACACCGUUUUACACAAAUGCAGUCACCGGCUGCAAGAGCUUGAGAAGAGUCUGGUUUCUAGAAAGCAUUUUAAGGAAGACUUCGAUAAAGCCUGCCAUUGGCUUAAACAAGCAGACAUUGCCACGUUUCCUGAAAUCAACCUCAUGAAUGAGAGGGCUGAGCUCCAAGCACAGCUGGACAAAUACCAGAGCAUUCUGGAACAAUCUCCAGAGUGCGAAAACCUUCUGCUCACACUGCAGAGUACUGGCCAGGCCAUGCUACCAUCGCUCAAUGAAGUUGAUCAUGCCUACCUCAGUGAAAAACUCAGUGCUCUGCCCCAGCAAUUCAAUGUCAUCGUUGCCUUGGCAAAGGACAAGUUCUACAAGAUCCAGGAAGCAAUUCUGGCCAGAAAGGAAUAUGCCUCUUUGAUCGAGUUGACAGCCCAGUCUCUGGGGGACUUGGAAGACCAGUUCUUAAAGAUGAGGAAAAUGCCCUCAGAGCUGAUGGUUGAGGAGAGCGUGUCUCUUCAGGAGAACUGCAGAGCCCUUCUGGGUGAGGUGGCGGCCCUCGGGGAAGCCGUGAAUGAACUACGCCAGAAAAAAGAAAGUUUUCGCAGCACAGGUCAGCCUUGGCAGCCAGAGAAGAUGCUGCAGCUGGCCGCCCUGUAUCACAGGCUGAAGCGGCAGGCCGAGCAAAGGGUCAGCUCCUUGGAAGACACCACCAGUGCUUACAGAGAGCACACGAGCAUGUGCCGGCAGCUAGAGAGUCAGCUGGAAGUCGUGAAAACAGAGCAGGCCAAAGUGAAUGAGGAAACACUGCCUGCAGAGGAGAAGCUCAAAGUGUACCACUCGCUGGCAGGAAGCCUGCAGGACUCGGGGAUCCUGCUCAAGCGAGUGGCCCUGCACCUGGAAGACCUUAUUCCGCAGCUUGAUCCUUUGGCUUACGAGAAAGCCAAGCGUCAGGUCCAGUCUUGGCAGGAGGAGCUGCGACAGUUGACCUCUGGCGUCGGGGAGACAGUGACAGAGUGCGAGAGCAGAAUGGUCCAGAGCAGAGACUUUCAGACAGAGAUGAGCCGUUCCCUGGACUGGCUUCGGAGGGUGAAGGCAGAGCUCAGUGGGCCGGUGUGCCUUGACCUCAGCCUCCAGGACAUCCAGGAGGAGAUCAGGAAGAUCCAGAUCCACCAGGAGGAGGUCCUGUCCAGCCUCAGGAUCAUGAGCGCCUUGAGUCACAAGGAGCAGGAGAAGUUCACCAAAGCCAAAGAGCUGAUUUCUGCAGACCUGGAACACACCCUGGCUGAGCUUCAGGAGCUAGACGGAGCCGUUCAGGAAGCCCUGCGCGCCCGGCAGGCAACUUUGACAGAAAUAUACAGUCAGUGUCAAAGGUAUUAUCAAGUGUUCCAAGCAGCUAAUGACUGGCUUGAGGAUGCCCAAGAAAUGUUACAGCUGGCAGGCAACGGCCUCAAUGUUGAGAGUGCAGAGGAAAACCUCAAAAGUCACAUGGAAUUUUUCAAAACAGAGGGGCAGUUCCACAGCAAUGUGGAGGAGCUCCGAGGUCUUGUGGGCAAGUUGGACCCACUCAUCAAGCCAAAUGGAAAGGAAGAGCUAACACAGAAGAUGGCGUCCUUGGAAAAGAGGAGUCAGAGGAUCACCCAGGACUCCCAGGCCCAGCAGGACCUCCUGCAGAGAUGUACGGUUCAAUGGCAAGAGUAUCAGAAAGCAAGGGAAGAAGUGAUUGAGCUGAUGAAUGAUGUGGAAAAGAAGCUGUCUGAGUUUUCGGUGUUGAAGACUUCUUCCAGCCACGAAGCCAAGGAAAAGUUGUCCAAACACAAGGCUUUAGUGUCUAUAGUUGACUCUUUCCAUGAGAAAAUUGUGGCUCUGGAGGAAAAAGCAUCACAACUAGAGAAAACCGGAAACGAUGCAAGCAAAGCAAGCCUAAGCAGGUCGAUGACCACUGUCUGGCAGCGCUGGACGCGUCUCCGUGCUGUGGCCCAGGACCAGGAGAAGAUACUGGAGGAUGCAGUAGAUGAGUGGAGGGGCUUGAGUGAUAAGGUUAAGGAAGCCACUGAAAUGAUCGAUCAGCUGCAAGGAAAAUUACCUGGAAGUUCAACAGAGAAAGCCUCAAAAGCCGACCUCAAGGCCCUCCUUGACCGCCAGGACACUUGCUCGCUGGAGCUGGAGCAGCAGCAGCUGGCCCUCGGUGUGCUGCAGCAGAGAGCGCUGAGCAUACUGCAAGACGGAUCCCUCCCCAGCCCUAGGGAAGAGGUGCCCAUCCUGCAGGAGAUUACCGCCUUGCAAGAUCAGUGUCUCAACAUGCAUGAGAAAGUGAAAAAUCAUGGCAAACUGGUGAAGCAGGAGCUACAAGAACGAGAAGCCGUGGAGACUCGUAUUAAUUCUGUGAGGUCGUGGGUUCAAAAGGCGAAGGAGUACUUAGGGAAUCCGACAGUAGAGAUAAACACACAACUGGAAGAACUGAAGACUCUCCUGGCUGAAGCCACCAGCCACCGAGAGAGCAUUGAGAAAAUCACAGAGGAACAGAAGAAUAAGUACUUGGGUCUUUAUGCUAUAUUACCAUCUGAAAUCUCCCUCCAGCUGGCUGAAGCUGCGCUGGACCUGAAGAUCCAUGAGCAGAUCCAAGAGAAGGUGCAAGAAAUUGAACAGGGCCAGGCCAGGAGCCAGGAGUUCGGCCGCCAAAUCCAGAAACUGGCUAAAGAUCUCACAAUCAUUCUAACAAAGCUGAAAGCCAAAACUGACAAUCUAGUUCAAGCUAAGAUUGACCAGAAGAUGCUGGGAGAAGAAUUAGAUAGCUGCAACUCAGAGCUAAUGGAAUUAGAUGCUGCUAUACAAACAUUCUCAGAACAGCAUAGGCAGCUGGGCAAGCCAUUGGCCAAGAAGAUAGGAAAGCUGACUGAGCUCCACCAGCAAACAAUCAGGCAGGCUGAGAACCGGCUGUCUAAACUCAACCAGGCAUCAUCACACUUAGAAGAAUACAAUGAAAUGCUUGAGGGCAUUCUGAAGUGGACUGAGAAAGCCAAAGUCCUGGUGCACGGAAACAUUGCGUGGAAUUCUGCAAGCCAGCUCCGUGAGCAGUACAUCUUGCACCAGACACUGCUGGAAGAAUCUGAAGAAAUUGACAGUGACCUGGAAGCGAUGGCCGAGAAAGUACAAUGCCUUGCCAAUGUGUACUGUACAGAAAAACUGUCACAGCAAAUGGCACAGUCAGGACGGGAGACUGGGGAGUUGCAGCAGACCCUCAGAGGUCGUUUGCAGAGUCUCCAAGAUGCAGCCAAGGACAUGAGAAAGUUUGAAGGCGAGCUGAGAAACUUACAGGCGGCUUUGGAACAGGCCCAGACAAUUCUGGCUUCCCCAGAAGUGGGGCGCCUCAGUCUCAAGGAGCAGCUGUCGCAUCGACAGCAUCUACUGUCUGAGAUGGAGUCCCUGAAGCCGAAGGUGCGAGCCGUGCAGCUCCGCCAGAGCGCUCUCCGGAUCCCCGAGGAUGUGGUCGCCAGCUUGCCGCUGUGCCACGCUGCCCUGCGGCUGCAGGAGGAGGCCAGUCAGCUGCAGCACAGGGUCAUCCAGCAGUACAACGUCAUGCAGGAGGCUGUGGUGCAGUACGAACAGUACGAGCAGGAGAUGAAGCAUCUUCAGCAGCUGAUAGAUGGGGCACACAGAGAAAUCGAGGACAAACCUGUGGCCACCAGUAACAUCCAGGAGCUGCAGGCACAGAUCUGUCGGCAUGAGGAGCUGGCGCAGAAAAUCAAGGGCUACCAGGAGCAGAUCGCCUCUUUGAAUUCCAAAUGCAAGAUGCUGACGAUGAAAGCCAAGCAUGCCACCAUGCUGCUGACCGUGACCGAGGUCGACGGGCUGGCGGAAGGGACCGAGGACCUGGGUCGCGAGCUCCUCCCUACGUCGGCCCACCCCUCCGUGGUCAUGAUGACUGCAGGUCGCUGUCACACUUUGCUGUCACCUGUCACUGAAGAGUCUGGGGAGGAGGGAACCAACAGUGAGAUUUCCUCUCCACCUGCCUGUCGCUCCCCAUCACCCGUGGCUAACACAGAAGCGUCUCUUAACCAGGACAUUGCGUACUACCAAGCCCUAUCUGCAGAGGGGCUGCAGACAGAGGCGGCAAGGAUUCCCCCCAGCGCUGCUGCAUCCCAAGAUUUGUAUGAGCCAGGGCUGGAGCCUUCAGCGACUGCCAAGCUGGGCGACUUGCAGCGUUCCUGGGAAACCUUAAAAAAUGUGAUCAGUGAAAAACAGCGGACGCUCUACGAAGCGUUGGAACGCCAGCAGAAGUACCAAGACUCGCUCCAGUCUGUCUCAACCAAAAUGGAGGCCAUGGAGAUGAAGCUGAGUGAGAGCCUCCAGCCCGGCCGGAGUCCAGAAAGCCAGAUGGCUGAGCACCAGGCCCUGAUGGACGAGGUGCAGAUGCUUCAAGAUGAGAUCAAUGGGCUCCAGGCAUCUCUCGCAGACGAGCUGGCUGCGGAGUCUCCCGAGUCCGACCCUGCGGAACAGCUAGCCCUCCAGUCCACACUCACUGUCCUGGCUGAGCGGAUGUCCACUAUCAGGAUGAAAGCGGCCGGCAAGAGGCAGCUUUUGGAGGAGAAGCUGAACGACCAGCUGGAGGAGCAGAGGCAGGAGCAGGCUCUGCAGAGGUACCGCUGCGAGGCGGAUGAGCUGGACCACUGGCUGCUCAACACGAAGGCUACCCUGGAUGUUGCACUUGGCACACCCCAGGAGCCCAUGGACAUGGAUGCCCAGCUGGUGGACUGCCAGAACAUGCUUGUGGAAAUAGAGCAGAAAGUGGUAGCCCUGUCGCAGCUGUCUGUGCACAACGAGAACCUGUUGCUGGAGGGCAAGGCUUACACGAAAGAUGAGGCGGAACAGCUGGCUGUGAAGCUGAGGGUGCUCAAGGGGAGCCUGCUGGAGCUGCAGAGGGCCCUGCACGACAGGCAGCUCAGCAUGCAGGGAGCCACACAAGAGAAAGAGGAAAACGAUGUUGACCUCACAGCCACCCAGAGCCCUGGCGUACAGGAAUGGCUGGCUCAAGCCCGCACCACACGGACUCACCAAAGGCAGAGCAGCCUCCAGCAGCAAAAAGAGUUUGAACAGGAGCUGGCUGAGCAGAAAAGCCUGCUCCGCUCAGUAGCUAGCCGUGGAGAGGAGAUUCUGACCCAGCAUUCUGCUGCAGAAGGCUCAGGUGGACUUGGUGAAAAACCUGAUGUGUUAUCCCAGGAAUUGGGGAUGGAAGGGGCGAAAUCGUUUGCUGAAGACCAGAUGAGAAUGAAAUGGGAAAGCCUACAUCAAGAAUUUAGUACCAAACAGAAGCUGCUACAGAAUGUUGUGGAACAGGAGCAAGAGCAAGCGCUUUACAGCAGUCCGAACAGACUCCUGUCAGGUGGCCCACUGUAUAGAGGGGAAGCACAGGCUCGAGAGAAAUCUCCAGUGACGGCCUUGCUGGAUGGACUGACCCAGGCCUUCGAGGAGGUGUCCUCACAGGGUGAAGGAGCAAACAGACAGAGUGCUCACCUGGAGCAGAAGUUGUUUGAUGGAGUCUCAGCCACCUCAACCUGGUUGGAUGAUGUUGAAGAGCGUUUAUUUGUGGCCACAGCCCUUUUGCCAGAAGAAACAGAAGCUUGUCUCUUCAACCAGGAGGCUCUUGCCAAAGACAUUAAGGAAAUGUCUGAAGAAAUGGAUAAGAACAAGAACUUGUUUUCCCAAGCAUUCCCAGAGGAUGGUGACAACAGGGAUGUCAUCGAAGACACUUUGGAUUGUCUUUUGGGCAGAUUAUCGUUGCUCGAUUCAGUAGUGAAUCAGCGAUGUCAUCAAAUGAAGGAAAGACUCCAGCAAAUUCUCAAUUUCCAGAAUGACAUGAAGGUGCUGUUUACAUCAUUAGCUGACAACAAAUACAUCAUUCUGCAGAAGCUGGCAAAUGUGUUCCAACAGCCAAUCGUGGAACAGAUACAGGCCAUCCAGCAGGCUGAAGAGGGCCUCAGAGAGCUCGAGGGUGGAAUCUCUGAGUUGAAACGGCGUGGUGACAAGCUGCAGGUGGAGCAGCCUGCUCUGCAAGAACUCUCCAAGCUCCAGGACAUGUAUGAUGAACUGCUAGCAACCAUCGGCUCCCGGAGGGGCAGUCUCAACCAGAACCUUGCACUCACGAGUCAGUAUGAUAAGGCCCUGCAGGAUCUGGUAGACCUGCUGGACACUGGACAAGAAAAGAUGGCAGGGGACCAGAAAAUCAUGGUGUCCUCCAAAGAAGAAAUCCAGCAACUGCUCGACAAGCAUAAGGAGUACUUCCAGGGGCUGGAAUCUCAUGUGAUUCUGACUGAAAUACUCUUCCGAAAGAUUAUUGGCUUUGCAGCCGUGAAGGAGACUCAGCUGCACACAGAGCGCAUGGCGCAGGCAUCUGCCGUGCUGAAGCAGGCUCACAGGAGAGGUGUGGAGCUUGAGUACGUUUUAGAGAUGUGGUCCCAUCUGGAUGAGAAUCGCCAGGAGCUCAGCAGACAGCUGGAGGUGGUGGAAAACAGCAUCCCAAGUGUGGGCCUGGUGGAGGAGAGUGAAGACAGGCUUGUGGAAAGGACAAGUCUCUAUCAGCAUUUAAAAUCCAGCCUUAACGAAUACCAGCCCAAACUAUAUCAAGUGUUAGAUGAUGGAAAGCGACUUUUGAUGUCUGUCAGCUGCUCUGAUCUGGACAGUCAACUAAAUCAGCUCGGAGAGCGCUGGCUCAGUAAUACCAGCAGAGUGUCCAAGGAGCUGCACAGACUGGAGACCAUAUUGAAACACUGGACCAGGUAUCAAAGUGAAUCUGCAGAGCUGGUUCACUGGCUGCAGUCAGCAAAGGACAGGCUGGCCUUUUGGACUCAGCAGUCUGUGACGGUCCCGCAAGAACUAGAAAUGGUCCGGGAUCAUCUCAAUGCUUUCCUGGAGUUCUCUAAAGAAGUAGAUGCCAAGUCUUCCCUGAAGUCAUCAGUCACCAGCACGGGAAAUCAGCUCCUUCGAUUAAAGAAAGUGGAUACCGCUGCCCUGCGCGCUGAGCUGUCCCGAAUGGACAGCCAGUGGACGGACCUGCUGACCAGCAUUCCUGUGGUGCAGGAGAAGCUCCACCAGCUCCAGAUGGACAUGCUGCCCUCCCGCCAUGCCAUUUCUGAGAUCAUGAGUUGGAUUUCACUCAUGGAAAGUGUCAUCCUGAAGGAUGAAGAGGACAUAAAAAAUGCAAUAGGUUACAAGGCAAUCCACGAAUACCUUCAGAAAUAUAAGGGUUUCAAGAUAGACCUUAACUGCAAGCAGCUGACGGCGGACUUCGUGAACCAGUCGGUGCUGCAGAUCAGCAGUCAGGAUGUGGAGAGCAAGCGCAGCGAUAAGACAGAUUUUGCUGAGCAGCUUGGAGCGAUGAAUAAAAGUUGGCAGCUCUUGCAAGGCCGAGUGGGUGAGAAGAUCCAGCUGUUGGAAGGCCUGUUGGAGUCUUGGUCAGACUAUGAAAAUAGUGUACAGUCUCUGAAAGCUUGGUUUGAAAGCCAGGAGAAGAAGUUGAAAGAGCAGCAUCAAAUUGGCGAUCAGACUGCUGUUCAGAACACCCUGAAGGACUGUCAGGAACUGGAAGAUUUGAUUAAAGCAAAAGAAAAGGAAGUAGAGAAAAUUGAGCAGAAUGGACUUGCAUUGAUUCAGAACAAGAAGGAGGAGGCCUCCGGCAGUGUCAUGGGCACCCUGAGGGAACUCAGGCAGACCUGGGCCAGUUUAGACCACAUGGUUGGACAAUUAAAGAUAUUUCUGACAUCAGUGCUUGACCAGUGGGGUAACCACAAAGCAGCCUUUGAGGAGAUCAACAGUCACAUAAUGGAGGCCAGAUACUCUCUGUCUCGAUUCCGUCUGCUCACUGGUUCCUCUGAAGCUGUUCAAGUUCAGGUAGACAAUCUGCAGAAUCUUCAUGAUGGCCUAGAAAAGCAGGAAGAGGGCUUGCAGAAAUUUGGCUCUAUCACCAGCCAACUAUUGAAGGAGUGUCACCCACCUGUGACAGAAACCCUCUCCAGAACCCUGCAGGAAGCCAACAUGAGAUGGAAUAACUUACUGGCAGAGAUUGCCGAGCAGCUGCAGUCCAGCAAGGCCCUCCUUCAGCUCUGGCAGAGAUACAAGGACUACUCAAAACAGUGUGCCUCUGCAGUCCAGAAACAGGAGGAGAGCACCAGUGACCUGUUGAAGGGAGCGACUAGCAAGGACAUCGCCGAAGAUGAAGUCACCAAGUGGAUUCAGGAUUGUAAUGACCUUCUCAAGGGGCUGGGCACAGCCAAGGACUCGCUUUUCGUGCUCCGUGAGCUGGGAGAGCAGCUUGGUCAACAGGUGGACGACUCUGCAGCUGCAGCCAUUCAGUGCGAGCAGCUCUGUUUCAGCCAGCGCCUGGGCGCCCUGGAGCAGGCACUCUGCAAGCAGCAGGCAGUGUUGCAGGCCGGAGUUGUUGACUAUGAAACAUUUGCCAAGAGCUUAGAAGCCCUAGAGGCCUGGAUCGUGGAAGCCGAGGAGAGCCUCCAAGCGCAGGACCCCACUCACUCCUCAGACCUCUCUUCUAUCGAGGAAAGGAUGGAAGAGCUGAAAGGUCAGAUGCUAAGGUUUAGCAGCAUGGCUCCAGAUUUAGACCGUCUUAAUGAGUUGGGAUACCGGUUACCCUUGAAUGACAAGGAGAUCAAGAGGGUGCAGAGCCUGAACCGCCACUGGUCCCUGACCUCGUCUCAGACCACAGAAAGAUUCAGCAAGUUGCAGUCAUUCCUGCUGCAGCAUCAGACUUUCCUGGAAAAAUGUGAGACGUGGAUGGAGUUUCUGGUCCAGACGGAGCACAAGUUAGCAGCAGAGAUUUCGGGCAAUUUCCAGCAUCUUUUGGAGCAGCAGAGAGCACAUGAGCUGUUUCAAGCUGAGAUGUUCAGUCGUCAGCAGAUCCUGCACUCCAUCGUUGUUGACGGCCAGCAUCUCCUAGAACAAGGUCAAGUUGAUGACAGGGACGAGUUCAGCCUGAAGUUGACGCUGCUCAGUAACCAGUGGCAGGGAGUGAUUCGCAGGGCUCAGCAGAGACGGGGCAUCAUUGACAGCCAGGUUCGCCAGUGGCAGCGCUACAGGGAGAUGGCAGAGAAGCUCCGUAAAUGGUUGGCGGAAGUGUCUUAUCUGCCUCUGGGUGGGCUUGGAAGCAUCCCAGUGCCCCUGCAACAAGUGAGGACCCUCUUCGAUGAAGUGCAGUUCAAAGAGAAGGUGUUCCUGCGCCAGCAAGGCAGCUACAUCCUGACGGUGGAGGCGGGCAAGCAGCUUCUGCUCUCGGCGGACAGUGGCGCCGAGGCCGCCUUGCAGGCCGAGCUCACAGAGAUUCAGGAGAAAUGGAAGUCAGCUCGCACACAUCUGGAGGAGCAGAAGAAAAAACUGGCUUUCUUGCUGAAAGACUGGGAAAAAUGUGAGAAAGGGAUAGCUGAUUCUCUGGAAAAACUGCGAACUUUCAAAAAGAAGUUGUCCCUGCCCCUACCAGAGCACCAUGAGGAACUGCAUGCUGAGCAGAUGCGGUGCAAGGAAUUGGAAAACGUGGUUGGGAGGUGGACGGAGGACCUGGCAGAGUUGACACUGCUGAGGGAUGCCCUGGCUGGCUACAUCAGUGCUGAGGACAUCUCCAUCCUGAAUGAACGCGUAGAGCUUCUGCAAAGGCAGUGGGAAGAGCUUUGUCACCAGGUCUCCUUAAGACGACAGCAGGUGAGCGAGCGGCUGAACGAGUGGGCCGUCUUCAGCGAGAAGAACAAGGAGUUGUGCGAGUGGCUGACCCAGAUGGAGAGCAAGGUCUCCCAGAAUGGAGACAUCCUCAUUGAAGAGAUGAUAGAGAAACUCAGGAAGGAUUAUCAAGAGGAAAUUGCUGUUGCCCAAGAGAACAAAAUUCAGCUCCAGCAAAUGGGAGAACGGCUUGCUAAAGCCAGCCACGAAAGCAAAGCCUCUGAAAUUCAGUACAAGCUGGGGAAAGUGAACGAGAGGUGGCGCCAUCUCCUGGACCUCAUUGCAGCCAGGGUGAAGAAGCUAAAGGAGACCCUGGUGGCCGUGCAGCAGCUGGAUAAGAAUAUGGGCAGCCUGAGGGCUUGGCUGGCCCACAUUGAGUCAGAGCUGGCCAAGCCCAUAGUCUACGAUUCCUGUAACUCAGAAGAAAUACAGAGGAAACUGAAUGAACAGCAGGAGCUUCAGAGAGACAUCGAGAAACACAGCACAGGUGUCGCCUCCGUCCUCAACUUGUGCGAGGUCCUGCUGCAUGACUGUGAUGCCUGUGCCACGGAUGCUGAGUGUGACUCCAUUCAGCAGGCCACCCGGAACCUGGACCGGCGGUGGAGGCACAUCUGUGCGAUGUCCAUGGAAAGGAGACUCAAAAUUGAAGAGACAUGGCGACUCUGGCAGAAGUUUCUGGAUGACUAUUCACGUUUUGAAGACUGGCUGAAGAUUUCAGAAAGGACGGCUGCAUUCCCCAGUUCUUCUGGGGUGCUCUAUACAGUUGCCAAGGAAGAGCUGAAGAAGUUUGAGGCUUUCCAGCGGCAGGUCCACGAGAGCCUGACCCAGCUGGAGCUGAUCAACAAGCAGUACCGCCGCCUGGCCAGAGAGAACCGCACGGACUCUGCGUGCAGCCUCAGACAGAUGGUCCACGGAGGCAACCAGAGAUGGGACGACCUGCAGAAGCGCGUCGCCUCCAUCCUGCGCAGACUCAAGCAUUUUAUUAGCCAGCGCGAGGAGUUCGAGACUGCACGGGAUAGCAUUCUUGUCUGGCUCACAGAGAUGGAUCUUCAGCUCACCAACAUUGAACAUUUUUCUGAAUGUGAUGUUCAAGCUAAAAUAAAGCAACUCAAGGCUUUCCAGCAAGAGAUCUCACUGAACCACGGUAAGAUGGAGCAGAUCGUUGUCCGGGGGGAGCAGCUGAUAGAGAAGAGCGAGCCUCUGGACGCUGCUGUCAUCGAGGAGGAGCUGGACGAGCUCCGGCGCUACUGUCAGGAGGUCUUUGGACGCGUGGAAAGAUACCACAAGAAACUGAUCCGCCUGCCCCUACCGGAUGAUGACCAUGAUCUCUCAGAUCGAGAGCUAGAUCUCGAAGACUCCACGGCUCUUUCAGACCUACGCUGGCAGGACCCCUCUGCAGAUGGCAUGCCCUCCCCACAGCCUUCCUCCAACCCCUCCCUCUCCCUCCCUCAGCCCCUCCGGAGUGAGCGGUCAGGGCGAGACACCCCAGCCAGCGUGGACUCCAUCCCCCUGGAAUGGGACCAUGAUUAUGAUCUCAGCCGGGACCUGGAGUCGGCAUCUCGAACUCUGCCCUCAGAAGAUGAAGAGGGCGAGGAAGACAAGGAGUUCUACCUCAGGGGAGCUGUUGGCUUGUCAGACGUAGUGAUCCCCGAGAACCCUGAGGCCUAUGUAAAGCUCACAGAAAAUGCAAUCAGAAAUACUUCUGGGGAUCCCAGCUCUCUGGAGCCACAAAUGAGGCAACUGGACAGAUCCCUGGGUGACAGCCACUUCCAGAUUCAGCAAACUACAGAUAUCCUCAGAAGCAAAACUCCCACAGGGCCAGACCUGGACACCAGCUACAAGGGCUAUAUGAAGCUGCUGGGCGAAUGCAGCGGCAGCAUAGACUCCGUGAGGAGACUGGAACACAAGCUUGCGGAGGAAGAGAGCUUCCCUGGCUUCGUUAACCUCAACAGCACCGAGGCCCAGACAGCUGGUGUGAUUGACCGCUGGGAGCUCCUACAGGCCCAGGCGCUGAGCAAGGAGUUGAGGACAAAGCAGAACCUUCAGAAGUGGCAGCAGUUUAACUCAGACCUCAGCAGCAUCCAGGCCUGGCUAGGGGAGACGGAGGAGGAGCUGGACAGACUCCAGCACCUGGCACUCAGCACUGACCUCCACACCAUCGACGGCCACAUCAAAAAGCUCAAGGAGCUCCAGAAAGCUGUGGACCACCGCAAAGCCAUCAUCCUCUCCAUCAACCUCUGCAGCUCUGAGUUCACCCAGGCUGACAGCAAGGAGAGCCGAGACUUGCAGGACCGCUUAACCCAGAUGAACGGGAGAUGGGACCGCGUGUGCUCACUGCUGGAAGACUGGCGGGGCCUGCUGCAGGACGCGCUGAUGCAGUGCCAGGAGUUCCACGAAAUGAGCCAUGCUCUGCUUCUCAUGCUAGAAAACAUUGACAGAAGGAAAAAUGAAAUCAUCCCAGUUGAUUCCACCCUUGACUCAGAGAUACUUCAGGACCAUCACAAACAACUCAUGCAAAUAAAGCAGGAGCUGCUGAAGUCCCAGCUCAGAGUGGCUGCACUCCAGGACAUGUCUCGCCAACUCUUGGUGAAUGCUGAGGGCGCAGAUUGUCUAGAAGCCAAAGAAAAAGUCCACGUGAUUGGAAACCGGCUGAAACUUCUCUUGAAGGAGGUCAGCCAUCACAUCAAGGGUCUGGAGAAGUUGCUGGACGUGUCGAGCAGUCAGCAGGACUUGUCCUCAUGGUCUUCUGCAGAUGAGCUGGACACCUCAGGAUCCGUGAGUCCUACAUCAGGAAGAAGUUCCCCAAACAGACAGAAAUCGCCACGAGGCAAAUGUAGUCUCUCACAGCCUGGACCCUCUGUCAGCAGCCCAAAGAGCAGGUCCACAAAAGGUGGCUCCGCUUCCUCCCUUUCUGAACCCAGGCCAGCAGGGGCAGGUCGAACCUUCCUGUUCCGGGUCCUGCGGGCAGCCCUUCCCCUUCAGCUUCUCCUGCUGCUCCUGAUCGGACUCACCUGCUUUGUGCCCAUGUCAGAGGAGGACUACAGCUGUGCCCUCUCCAACAACUUCGCCCGCUCCUUCCAUCCCAUGCUCAGAUACACCAACGGGCCUCCUCCACUCUGAAGCAGGCAGAUGUCCUUCGCACUAGUGCUGGAAGCAUGAUGAGGGGCACCUGGCCCAAAGCCAGCCCAGGCUAGCAGAGAAGACUUUGAUCCUGGCAGGCUUCAUGUAUGGCAGCUUCAGCUCUCCUCCACACCCCGCGUGUAAAAAAAAAAAAAAAAGAAAAGAAAUGAAGCCUUUGGACAUGGAUGAUAAACAACAGGAGGGAAACAGGAUUGGUACAGUGUCGUUUGACACUGAGCCUUAACACUAAAUAAAUUAAGAUGAGGACAUACAGAGUUCCCUGGAUCCAUGAUGUCCGGGCCUUUGGCAUAGCCAAUGGCUCUGGAGCGCCAUCUGGGCAGCUUUCCUAUGGUGCUGCUCCAUCACCCCAAAAGCCCCUCCCCGGGGGGCACGUAUCAGUAUAGUACAUCUGACCGACGCCCACCACCACCCCUGCUGGAGGCAUUAGAACCUCCUCACAUACCGUUUUCUCAGAGCACAUAUGGCAGCUUCCUUUCUACCUUCUUUUCCUUUAGGGCAUGACGUUUUAACGUUGCUUUAGAGGCACAAGCUGUAAAUCUGAAAGGCACUUUUUUUUUAAAGGUAUAAAGAAAACCUGGAUGUAAUAAAUAAGAUCAUGGAAAGCUUUAUGUGAAGAAAAUUGAAUGUUAUAGUAUAAAAAAGAUAUUUAUGUAUGUACAGUUUGCUAAAGCCAAGUUUUGUUUGUUGAUUUCUUUGCAUUUAUUAUAGAUUCUAUAAAGUA